AUGUAUGUUAAUUCCCAUUGUGACAUAGUCACGCUAUUGCCGGGCUAUGAUAACUGUACUGGUAGCUCAGACUGCGUAAAGCGUCAAAGUCAAAAUGUCCGUCUGUCUGUCUGUCCGUGUUUGUGUGGGCCACAGGUUCCGGUGAGUGAAUGGUGUUCUCGGCGAGCCGCCAUAGAGGUCACCGACCUGAACGACCAUCUUGCUGAACUGCUGGAUGCUAUUGACGACAUGGACGGCAACAUUGCACAUCGGAGAGAUCUCAUUUCCGAGCGAAGUGACUUUCGCAACCGCCAGACCUUUCUGACACUGACACAUGCCUCGACAGCAGAGGUCCGCAGCGAUGUGGACGAGAAGGUGCAGUGUCAUGCGUGCGACAUAAUUUUCCGACAAGAGCAGGGCAUGGAUGGGAUGCCGAGUAUUCGCACUUGUUUCGCGAAGGAUCCGGUCCUCAUGGCGAAGCGUGUGCGGCAAAAGUUCGUCAAGUCAGAGCAGCUUCGUGGGAAGAACUUCAAGAAGGGCCAGAAACCACCAGAGGCUUACAACCCAUGGGAAGAAAUGCGGCGGAAAGAAGUGCCACUUGCUUCAGCAAGCAAGAGCCUUUGUGGUGAUGUCGGUGUCGAGAAGAUGGCCCGGCGCCUCGAGAAGAAGAGACUCGAGGACCAUGACAAGAUCCAGAGGAAAGAAGCCGAGAAGCCGCUCUGA